AGUCUCGUUAAAUUUUUAAAUACUUUUUUUUUCCUUUACUUUUUAGUCAGCUCUUUUUACAACAUUGUAUAAGGUUUUUUUUUUAUUAAUCGCCUUUGAUAAAACAACGUAAAAUUCCAAAAAAAAUGUUUUUUUGUAAAAUUUGUUUUUUACUAUUUUUUAUAUUAAUAUCUGAAAUUUGCGCAUUGCAAAAAAUGGAUAUUCUCUAUGAAUGGAAAUAUGUUGAUUAUCUUUGGAAAAAUCAGGAACACAAAGAAAAAAUAAUAAAUACCGGUUAUCGAAAUAAUUCAAUAAUUAUUGACGUUGAUGAAGCUCCAGAUGGUCGAAUGUUUGUCACAGUUGUUGGAAAUCAACCUGUUCCGGCAAGUUUAAAUACGAUUUCAAAUAGAAAAAGUAAAGCUGGUCCAUUAUUAAAACCUUAUCCUGAUUGGUCUUGGUAUGAAAAUAAUGAUAAUUGUACAGGAAUUAUCAGCGUUUUUAGAGUUGCAAUUAAAUGCAACCGUUUAUGGGUUCUGGAUAAUGGAAAAUUUGGUGCCAAACAAGUUUGUCCUCCAAAAUUAUUAAUAUUUAAUUUAGCAGAUGACCACCUAGUGAAAAGAGUCAUUAUUCCCAAGAAUUUAGCUGAAAACAAAAAAGGGGAGGGGCUUCUAAUUACUCCAAUUGUCCAAAGUACAGGAAUGUUUUGUGAACCUUGGAAAUCAAAUGUUUUUAUGGCUGAAGUUGAUUUCGGAGCUUUAGUCGUUUACAAUAAUUAUCAAAGACAAAUGUGGCGAUUGGAUGGUAAAGAAUUUGAAGCAGAAAAAAAUUUUAGCAAUCACACUAUCGCGGGAGAAACAUUUGAUUUACCUGACGCUCUAUUUGGAUUGGCAUUAUCACCAAAAACUUAUGGCCGACAAUCACAAUUUCUUGCAUUAUCAAAACUUUCUUCACGAAAUUUAUAUAUUGCACAAACAUCGAAUAUUUUGAAUUCUUAUUAUACAAAAUCCUUGCGAUUGCAAAAAUUCGAAAAUAUCUUUCCAAGUGAAAUAACUACAAUGGCAUUUAGUUCAAAUGGAAUUCUUUUCUUUGCACAAACUACCGAAAUUGCCAUUGGAUGUUGGAAUAGUCGAAGAAGAUUAAUUCCCCAAAAUUUGGACGUAGCUGCUCAAGACAAUAAAACAUUGCAAUUUACAAGUGGAAUGAAAAUUAUAAAUAAAAGAGGCGAAGAUGAAAAAUUGUUAAUAGUAACAAAUCGAUUUCAAAAGUUUUUCCUCAAAACAAUGAACUUUAAUGAGAUUAAUUUUCGAAUUUUGAAAAAAUCCGUCAAUUCACUUAUUGCCAAUACAAAAUGUAAUACUUAUCGUUAUAAGAGAGGGAAAAAUGAAUAAAAAGAACAUUAAAUAUCAAACACCA